UGACUUGAAUAUUAGGAGGUCUCGUUGGCGUGAAGGCUGCUAACGACGUCACCAACGGUGUUGAUAUCGACGCAUUGAACCGUGUAGUUUCCGCCCAACUGGAUGGUAUCUCUGCCAACCCUGGUCCAUCCGGCAGCGAUGUCUGACUCGUCGGACGGAGAUUCCGGCUCACCGGAUAGCAACGACGGCGCAGCUGGCAAUGGAUCCGGUAACGACAAUGGCGGCGGUAACAACGGCGUUGCUGGCGUCGAGAUUGGCUCGGACAGCGGUAAUGGUAAUGGGUUGACUGGCAUUGAUCUCGGUCGUCGUGCUUUGUAAAUUCUGUUCAAGUGAUACGUG